AUGCUGUAUAUCAACGGAACCAUCGUUACUAUGAACAAGAAGCGUGAAAUCAUCAAGGAUGGCGCUAUCUUGGUUGAGGGCUCGCGUAUCAAACAAGUCGGCAAGACUACCGAAUUGGUUGCUGCCAACCCUGACGAGGCUACCUAUGACUUGGAAAACAAGGUCAUCAUUCCUGGUCUUAUCGAUACUCAUGUGCACUUGGCACAAGCGCUCCUCCGUGGCUCUGGUGAUGACUGCGAGUUGAUUCAGUGGCUGUGCCAGACGGUUUGGGUUUUGCAAGGCCAAAUGACUGCUGAAGAAGCCUAUGGCAGUGCCCGUUUGUGUAUUGCGGAGAUGCUGAAGUCGGGCACGACUUGCUUUUUGGAAGCCAUGUGCGCCGAUCGUUAUGGUUUCAACGGUAUUGCCAAGGCCGUGGAAGAGUCCGGUAUUCGUGGCUGCUUGGGCAAGAUUGUCAUGGACGUGGGCAAGUAUGCAUCGCAAGAUGCUUGGUCGAUGCAUCCUGGUCUAGUCGAAACCCGUGAGCAGAGCUUGUUGGGUGCUUUGGACAUGCACGACAAAUGGCAUGGCAAGGCUGAUGAUCGUAUCCAUGUUUGGUUUGGUGCUCGCACACCCCCUGGUAUUAGCGUUGACUUGCUCAAGGAAAUGACCCAAAUCUCGCGCGAGCGUGGUAUCCGUAUCACAAUGCACUGUGCUGAAGUCGAGGCCGACAAGGUUCACUAUCGCGAAAACCACGGCAUGACCGCUGGUGAAUUCUGUCAGGAUGUUGGCCUGCUCGGCGACCAGACUGUAUUGGUGCAUAUGAUCUGGUUAGAUGAUCCCGAUUUCAAAUUGUUGGCCGAAACUGGCACACACGUUUCACAUAAUCCAUCGUCCAACAGCAAGUUGGCAUCUGGUGUUGCUCCCAUCCCGCGUCUUUUGGAAGCUGGUGUCAAUGUCGGUCUUGGUUGUGAUGGCGGCCCUAGCAACAAUAACUACGAUCUGAUUAUGGAAAUGAAGCUUGCAGCGCUUAUCCACAAAGCCGUGUCCUGCAACCCGGUUACCAUGCCAGCUGAAACUAUUCUUGAAAUGGCAACCAUCAAUGGUGCCAAGGCUGUUGGAUUGGAGCACGAAAUAGGAUCGCUUGAAGUAGGCAAAAAGGCCGAUUUCGUUGUGCUUGAUUUCGAAAGCAAGCUGCACACGACCCCUUCGCCCAACCCAAUUUCGACUUUAGUGUACUGUGCCACUGGUGGUGAAGUCGAAACCGUUGUCAUUGAUGGCCGUAUGGUUGUCGAAAAGGGCGAGCUGUUGACUAUGGACGAGGAGGGAAUUAAACGUGAAGCAAGACGUCAUGCCGAUAACCUCUACGAACGCGCUGGAUUCCGGGGCAAACCCAAGUGGCCCAUUGUUUGA